CACUCUCCGCGGCCACUCCUUUGUGUUCUGGGACAGGUAAGUGUCUAGCGGUGAGUUUCCUCACCUGUGUCAGUUUACACGCCGUAACAAAACGGGUUCUUUUGAAAUGCUGCCUAACAAAACAUACGGAUAACAGUGCUCAAAAGAAUGGCCGGAGGAGGAAAUAAACCGAACCCAAACUCAUUGGACAUGGAACCUGUUUUUCGGGGUUUAGGACGAUGUUCUUGUGCAUUUUGGCUUGCCGUCUCCUUUGACAUAUUUGGUCUGAUUAUUCUUCUGCUUGGUGUGUUUCUGGACGUAUUUUUCUACGACUUUCUCAUUUAUGCGGGAGCGAUCAUUAUUUUCAUGAGCCUUAUAUGGUGGAUGUUUUGGUACGUUGGAAACAUUGAGGUCGCACCGGAGGACCUGGAGGAUGACGUUGGCUUGUUGAAGAAGGGCAGAGGGUUGGCAGGCGUGGCGAGGCGAUUCUCCAGUCGUCUCUCUAAUGGAAUAAGCCGGUCCUUCAGGAGGAAAGGUGCAGCUCAGGGCCACAGUGGGGUCACCAGGACAAAAACUGGUCGCUCCACUCUGCAAGUCACCCAGCAAGUGCCAGUGACAAUCCCAAUGAGUUCUCAAGAAAAUGUGCACACCGUGUCUGCAGCUAUUGAAGGGGAUGUACCUGUGGCACAUAAUACAACGGAAACAUCCGCCAUAUGAAGCCCUCAAGUUAUGAGCCUACUCUGUUAUGAGACAAGAUUGAAGAAGGUCCAUCAGCAGCCUCUUCUACUUCAGGGAGAUGACUUCUUACAUUUCACUUGAAUUUUCUAUGAUGUUUACAAGAAGAUUGUAACACUUGUUUUUCCUUUUCUGAAUGAUGUUUAAUUGUGUACCGUUAAUUUAGUCUGUGGGAAGAUUUGAAAGUCAUUGAUUUCAGAAUAAUUUUAUAAGGACUUUUUCAGUUGAUGAUGAAGUUGUGUGCCAUAAAAAAAUGACUGAUUUCUUUCCACCUGACGCAACAACAAUUGGCUAUAUUUCGCCGGCACCUCACCGACCUUUGGUCAACCGGGCUGGAUUUUCCCUAAGUAGCUUCCGCUUAUCUCUGUUUGCUCUCACUAUCUUCAACUCCACCUGAGCUGUAAUGUUUUAUAUUCCAGUCAGGAAACAAAAUUUUGAAGGUCCAGAUGGAUGAUUUUUUAUUUCACAUUUGUCAAAUAAAAUGUUUUUUAUGUUUCACUGAA